CAAGGGAGGAGAGAGAGAGAGGGAGAGGGAGAGAGAGAAGCUAAGCGGAGGUAUCGGGUGGAGGGCUUGUGAGGUCCCUCUCUGUGGCUCAUCCUUCCACCCUCUUCCACCUCUACUUCAGCUCCUGGCACGCCCAUCAUGGCCCUCUUCGCCCCUUCCUCCAUCGUGGACCUCUCAGACGAUGUACUACUGCUCAUUUUUUCCUCUCUCAAGUCCUGGGACCUCCUUAAUCUGUCGCGGACAUGUCAGCGCUUCAGCAAGGUUGCCAGUGACAAGUCCCUGUGGGGUGAUGUUGACUUCAGUGAUGGCUGCCUCUCCCUGCAGCAGGUGCGGCAGUGCCUGGUGUUCCUGCGCCCCAACACACGCCGAGUAGUGCUACGUGGACACAAGAAAAAAUUUGCUGGCACUCCCAAAUGGAAAACACCACUCAUCAGUGCCAGCCUUCUCAAGCUGAUUGGUGAAAAGUGCCCCAAUCUGGAGGAGCUGACCCUCAAGGAGGCAUUUGUCAAUGCCAACAAGGUCAAGAUGACAGACUUUGCACACGUCCAGUCCAUCACCAAACUCUCCCUGAUGGACUGUGAGUUUGUGAACCUCCCCUCCCUCUCCAAGGAUGCUUCCUACUUCAAGAGGAUGCACAAAACUCUGCCACGACUGGAGGUGCUGGAGAUCACCAAGUGUGGCUGGGUGGAUGACUAUGAUGUGAUGGUGCUGAGCAAGGCCGAGCUGGUCCGGCGGCUGGUGCUCAGGAACUUGCCUAAGGUGGGCCAGGCCAUGGUCUACAUAGCCCUUGGUUUUCGCUUUGGCUUCCAAAACCUAGAGGAGCUGGACCUGAGGGGAACCAGCCUAGAGGACAACGAGGUAUUCUCGGUGGUGCAGAAUGGCAAGCUACGGGCGCUGUAUCUCGGACCGCUGGGGCCAGUCAAGCGGCUGGAGAAAGGUCCACUGGCACGACACAAUGUGAUAAUGCCAGACCCACGGCGGCAGGAGGAGCGGCAGCAGGUGGUGGUGAUCAACGUGGGCCCAAACGGUCCUCAGUGGCGGCAAGUGAAUGACGAGGAGCUGGACGACAUGGGUCUAGACUGGGUGAGGAAUGCCCGGGCAGCACAGCGGCGGCAGGACCAUGAACUUGAUGAUGACAGGCACUACUUCAUUGAUAAGGAUGGCAGGCCAAUAGAGGAGGAGGAAGAGGAUGGUUGCAGCAGUGGCAGCAGUGGCAGUGUAGCUCCCCAGGAACGGGCUGCCAAGCGGCGCCUCCUGCCUCACCGUGGUGAACCCUCAGCCAAGCAAAGCAGGGCAAGGAGGCAGCCUGGCCACUGCCACAAGGACUCUCCAACUCAGUCUGAUGCAGAGGACAGCACACUGAAGGAAGAUGAAGAUGAUGUAGAAGAGGGAGAGGAAGAUGAAGAGGUGGAGGAGUUUGGCCCAUACAGUCCUAAUGUAGAGGAGGACCCAAGUGACUCCACUUUGUCUGAGGCUCCCCCAAGCCUAGACGACCACCUCUCAGACAAGCUGGUGCCAGCAUUUGGCCAAAAGACGAAGCACCUGCACACACUGGUGCUUGCUGGGUGUGCCAUCACUGACCGUGGGCUGCAGGAGAUUGUGCGUUUGGUCCCCUCACUGCGGCUGCUGGAUCUUACCAACACACGGGUCACCAGCGGUGCUCUGCAGGAGGCCAGGGUAGCUCGGCCAGACUGCGUCAUCCUAGGGGGCAGCACCAGACCACCGCGGCACCACAAGAGCAGAUGAUGCCGACCACAGGGUGCCACGAGAACCCGGAAGUGACCAGGUGUUCUCACUGCCAAGCAAAGUUCCUCAGGUAUUCAGGAGAUGCUGCUGGCCUCCUCUGCUAGGGCAGCUGUGGCUGUGUGAUUGGCUGGUGCCACUUGUUGACCUAGAGACACUGCAGUAGGAUGGGGCGGCAGGAGGGGGCAGCUAGAAACACCAGAUUGUUUCUGUGUUAAUUGUCAUUCAAUCUCCGAGUUUGUCUUUAGGUGGAAAGUUGAAACUGGAGGUCCUGGUGCUUUGCCUCGCUCUUAGUGACUUACUGGAGGGAGUAAUGUUGACCUGUGAAUGUUUAAGUCAACUGUUUAUAUGUAUGCAUACGAGACAUUAUACUACUAUUUGAACAAGGAAUAUUAAUGGCUGAAGAAAGAUACCUGACCAGCCUUUUUUUUUUUUUUUUUAAGAUUCAUUAAAACAGUUCUGUUCUCGCCAUUGCUAAUUCAGUCUUGCUGUUUUGAGCUUUAGCCUCUUAAGGUCUCCCCAUACCCCAUUGCCUAAAGAAAAUUAGGAUAAGUGGUGUGUGGAAACCAAUGGUUGUGUGUGCUAGAGCCAACUACUUUGACAUCCCUCAAGCCACCUUCACACUUAGCACCUCACACAUAAUGUAUGUCUAACCAUUGAUUCAAUCACUAGUUGUUCUUAAAGGAAAGUUUUUAGUAAGACUGUAACACUGUAUUGAAUCUCUGGGUGACUUUUGAGUGGAGGAAGUGUGUGUUAGAAUGUCUUGAGAACUGAGGUUUUGGCCUGCCUAGUGCAAGGUGUGCCUCACUGCCUUGAUUCCCCAGAAGCACACACACACACACACACACACACACACUUACAGGUAUCUCACUUGGGCUGCAGUACAAGGAGCCAAGACACUCUGUGAUGCAGUGCUCCCUUAGGUGAAUGUAGGCCGUGCAAAUGGGAUGAGGAAUUUCUCCUCACAAGAAUGUGUUGAUGAAAUCUUUGUAUUUUAUUAUCUUUAUAUGUUUUAUGAAAUAUGUAUGUGUAUAUUAUUUAUCUGUCAAGCACAGAAAACCUGAACGUAUCUAUAUUGUGUUAGUAGUGAGUGUAGUAAGUUGGUGUGUUAGAGUGAAGGAGAGCAGACUUGUUGCUCCACUACCAACAAGUGAGUGUCUGCACCAUGUGCAAGACUGUUGCAUGGCUGGGGUUCUGUUUGUGCUGCUGUAAUAAGUGCCCCAGGUCCUCAGGGGACCCAGUCAGCUGUGGUGUUGAGUUGCGUGCUGCUAAGGUGUGUGAGUGGCAAUGAAUGAGUGAAAUGUUAUCUAUGCAGCAGAGCCUCCCUAAGUCAAUUCUUCCUAAAGUGAACAUUCACUUCCUGAACUUGGCCACUGUGUUAGCUGAAGGUCAUGUACUUAAAAAAAGCAUGGGAUAACAAAUGUAGUCUGGUGAUGUCAUCACUAACUGACCAGUGGAUAUUAUUAUGGCAGUGAAAUGGAUAAAAACAUAACAUAUAUCGUAAAGAAUGCAAAUAUGAAAUUUAAGAGCUUUGGUAAUGGUAACAAAAUAUAUAUGAAUAAAAGUGUUGCUUAGAUGAAUAGAAUAAUCUUUUGAGACCUCAUUUAGAACUUGUUAUAUCUGGCUUAGUGUUAUUUGGAAGUUGUCUACACAACUAUUGAUCAGAUCAUAGCAUGUCAUCGAGUGAAAAGAUAUGUAUGUAUUUAUUUGCAUUUUAAUUUGUGGAGAUUGAGAUUGGUUUAGUCAGAUUAUAUAUUUUACUGUGUUGUGUAGAUCUGCUCACUUAUGCUGACAUCACACUGCCAUCAGUUCAUAGGUACUGGUUGUAGAAAUAGUGAUGGCAGGCAGGAUGUAGUCAUGGAAGUAGUAGUGGUGCCUAGACGGUGUAAGAUACCACAGUGAUCCACUAUUCCUCUUGAAUUCUGAGAAGAUGAAUAACAGUGCCAGCAGUGUUGACUUAAGGAGGCUUUGCAGUGGUAUAAAUAUGUAUUACAUAACAUUUGUAAUUAUUAUAGACAUAUAUAGCAGAUCUCUUGUAGCAAAGUGGGGAGAGGAGCAUGAGAGCAUGAAGUGAGGAUUUGGCCAUGAGCUUCGUGAACGAUCAACUCUUGCUUCCAUUGUCUUUGCAAGUCUAAGAUAGAAUGACUAACCAUCUUCCUGCAAAGAUUCAGGAUCACAGUUAACUCAGUUUUGGGUCACUACUGCCUGGAAGGAAGACAUAUGGAGAGGAUUUUUAUUCUUACAUAUACAUGAAAGUGGCUUGAUAUUAGCUUUAGACUCCUGUGCAUGGCAGUUAUUUCAAAGGCUGCCAAGAAUUAAGACAUUGUCACAGAUGAGCAUUGUUUCUGGAAUUAGUAUUUCAGUUAUAGAAGCUGAUGAUCAGUUAAAGUUCAAGGAAGUGAUGUUUCAGCUGAUGCAUUUAAUUGCAUGUUCAUUUUUUCACCAAAGAAGAAAAUUUAUCAAGUUGUCUUGUUGCAGGAAAUGCGCUACUUUGGUGACAUUAUUUUCUGAAGAUCUUGUGUUGUUAGCAGGGAAUUCUUUGUAAUCUGUGAUGGGAGGGAGCAUAUGUUCCCUAGUGCUGGAGGCCCUGGGCACCUGAUGUCAGUAAAGCCUCGCACUCUACUUAGAUGCUAUUGCUGCUGCUGCCCUCUUUCCUCCUCACCUCAUAGCCUUGUGAAGCACAUUCAGCAGAGUGGCCAUUCUCACCUCAUCAGAACAGUUUCUCAAAGACCUCUGUGACUCAGUGUAUUAGUCCAUUGUUAUUACUGUGGUGGCUGAGCAGUCAUCUUCCAAAGCAAUCAUCAGCCACACCAGGGGUUAGAGGGUAGCAAUGCAUAUCAAUGUGUGAUUUAUAUCAAAGGAAGGAGAGGCAGAUGAGCUCAGCCAUUACAGUAAUGUGAGCUGGCUAUAGUUCAUUGCUAUACUUAGGAUGCAUGAUUGAUACAAAAUAUACAACACACUUGUAUGUAUCCUAUCUCAUAACCAAGUGAACUUUAUAUUGUCAUAUACGUAAGUACUUAAGGGUACACAAUGCCUUCAGACCACACAAGUAUUUCAACUCUUAUUCAAACCAUGAGUGUUCCUUCAUUGUAUGUCAUCAUGAGUGCUAGCAGACUGCUGAGUGGAGAUGGUCACUGUGCUGUGUGCUGCUCAAAGUUGUAGUUCCCCUUUGUUUUCUAACUCUGGCCCUCCUCUCUGCAGACACUUGCCACAGGAAAUUUAGCACUGAGGCAAAGUCAUCUGGAUAGCCACUCACAACCAGACUGAUACAAACAAACAAUAUUUAGUGAUAACCAGAUUCAUUAGAUCAUCCACUGUUAAGUGUUCUACUGCUGAAAGGAGAGUCAGAAGUUAUGCUAAGGAGAUUUAGACAUUUCUUUCCUGAGCUUAAAAUGAUCAGUUUCUGAGAGGAGUUCCAGAACACAUCAUUAUAGAUUGUUGGUAAUGGAAAAAACUUUCAUGACACCCAUAACUUAUUGCAUCAUCAUCGUCACCAUCACCAGUACCAUUAUUAUUAAUAGCAAUUAAAUGUUUGAUGGCUUGUUUAAUAAGUUUAACAACUUGUGUAUCAUAAGAGAGAAGUGCCUGACAGAAUAGGCUCUUACCUUCAUUUGCACACUAGAUAUGCCAUCAUUCAUGUAGACAUCUUAGUUUUCCUGGUCCCUGGCCAGCCAUGAGACUUUCCAGGUUCAGGGACUAUUUUAGGAUGUGUUUAGAAGUACAGUCCUCAGAGUUAUCUUUCCUUCCUCUCUAGUAAUGUGUAGGAUUAUCUGAGCUAGCGACAAGCAGCAAGGGCACUACAUCAUGAAAUGUUUGCUUGUCACAAGAUGCUAUAAUAAUGUGUAUGGGAACUCUUAUCUGUCACUGUUCUUAUUAUGAUGACAUCAGGGACUGCAGAAAAUCCUGCUGUUGUUAUUAACAGUUGUAGUAUUCGGGUAGAAACAAGAUGCCUCUUCUGCGAAUAAACAGUGAUGGAUGCA